AAGAAUAAAAACAUUAAUUGCCUAAUUGUUAAAUUCGCUGUCAAUAAAUUUAGUCUUUCAGAACGCAGCGAAAUAAACAAGACGAAAAAUUGUCAUAAAAAAUCAAAACACAUAAGUUUGUGCAUUUAGCGGCUUCACUUAAAACCAAAAAACUUUUGUUAUUUCUUCAAUUAAUUGAAUAUAUAAUGCAAGGAUAUAUAGAUUAUAAUGAACUUUUAAACAAGACAAAAAUGAUCAACAAAGUGUCAAUGGAAAAGAUUGCAAAAUUCGAAAAACACAUGCAAUUAUUUCCACCACUGGCUGAUAAAACAAUUCGUGGCAUCUUCAAUGGUUUAUCCGUUGAGAUUUCUGGUAAAACUGGAAGAACUAUACUGCAACAAAAUGGCAAGUUUGGUUAUAGCAAGUCUUUACGAACUAGUCGACGUAAAGUCAAAAAAUACUUAAUAUUGGAAAUUGAGGAAGCAUUUUACCUUGCACACGUCUUAAAAGCUCUAGAAAUUUACGAUACAAAAGAACAGUUGUUAACUUUUUCAAAUUUUUUAUCUAUUUGCUUAAAGGUGGAUGAAAAUUUUAUUGAAAAUUUUGCUGCUUAUUUAUAUUUGAAAUCAAAAGGUUGGAUUGUGAAAUCUGAUGUCAACUAUGGAGGCAAAUAUGCUAUUUACAGAACAGGGCCAGAAUAUUUUCAUGCAAGUUUCAUAGUUCUAGUGACAAAAUUCGAUUCAUCUUCAAUAGCAAUCUUAAAGGCCAACUACAGAGUGCAACGUAUUGCAGAUAUAAAUAACAAGGAUGUCUUACAUUUGGAAGUCAGCAAAACAACUAAUUCUGAAAUAAAAUCUAUAGAAGAUUUUCAAGGCCUACAAAUUUCAGAAGUAGUGCGUCGUAAAUUUAACUUUUUAAAAGUUCUUAGCAUAAUCAAUUCUAAUAAUAAUAAAAGGUGAUCACCGCAAUUAUUUAAAUAUACAGAUUUUAAUGAUAAUAAAUUUUUAUAAAAAUCGAAAUCAUUUUGAUGUUUAUCAAAAACAGCAAAAAAAAAAAAAUAUUGCAAGAAUCAGUCAUUUUUUGUUAUUAAAAGAUUUUAAUAAACUGUUAAAGAAUUUUUUUAUAAAAACCUAAUUUUUUUUUUGAAAUUACAUUUUUAUUUAUUUUAAAUUAAAGUUAUUUACUAUGAAAACUUCGCCAGUCAAAUCGAUAAGGAGUUACUACUUUAUGAGGUUUCUUCAGAGCGGCGGAUUUUAUAACUGUUCGAAACCGCGUGAAACAAGAAUAAAAAACUCCAUUAACAGGCAUUAUUUUUAAAAAAUAACUGUAUUUAAUUUAAUAAUAAAGAUCAUAACAACUGAUUAGUUUUGUUUGCCCAUAACUUCCAAUUCAAGGAAAGUACUAAUGCAACAAUAUAUUAACAGCAGGCAUAUCAAGAAGCCACUACCUU